AUGCAUGUGCACUGGCCCUCACAGCCCAUGGAUGUGAUGAGCCUCCCAAGUCUCGGCGUCUCCUGGCAGAACAUGGUCCUGUCGCAAGAAUUUGUGCAGACUGGCAAAGAAUCCGAUGCCCUUCAGUACUAUACCAGCCUGUACCCAACCAUGCAAAGCUCCAAAAACGUACGAUGGACAAGCUACAUGAUUAUGCUUCGCUAUAGCUCGCAAGAGCCCGUGGCUAUGCAUCUUCUGAUUGCAGCGUCGUUGAUUGACUUGACAACGGCGCAUGACGAUAAUACGGACCUUUGCCGUGCCGCACAGGCACAUGCAAAAGCUGGCAUGUAUUUGCUGGAGGCGGCCAUGGCUCCCGACGCCGACCAUGACCCUGUCGGCGUAGUCAUUGCCUGUUUUUUUCUUUACCGAUACAUGGCUGUUGCACAAGAGUUCAAUGCAGUGAUGAUGGCAAAGUGGAGUGAUAGUGUCUUCAAUUACGUGAAAAGAAACCGCUUGGAGAACCUCUGCACUGGUACAGGGUUGGCAGCAAGGGACCCUCUCACAACACACAACACAGCACUGGCGGCUAUCACACAUGAGAAAAGGUCUCACUUGGCACGUUUGAUGAUUUGGAUUUUUUAUGAAGAUAUAUUUGCGAGCAUACGAGGAUAUGGAGGAUCUCUGGCACGUCACUUGUGUGCAAAGCCGGAGCGUGCGAGGGAAAUAUUUCAAUACUCUGGCGGGGAAUUGAAGUCGUCUUGGGGCGCGGAAUACCCCGAGCGUGAGAUCCUUGACGAUGUCGAGAAUGCGCCGAUUUUGACCUUUCUUUACGACACCAUACCACUGUACGCUGAAGUCAACAAAGUCGUCGACUCAUCACAGUCCUCAGAUGCAGAUAAAGCCGCAGUAGAAGAUAAAAUCGAGAAACUCGAAGAGCCCCGGCCUCGCCUCAUGAUCAAUGCCGACUACAUGGUGCCUUUUUUUUACGCGCUCAGGAUAUAUUGUUUUCGAAGCUUCCUUACCGACGAUUGUCUGGCUAUUCCAAGUCCUCCUGUCAUCCAGUCGUGCGUCACAUCUAUUCUGCAGCUGGCGCAGCGUUCGCUUUCGCGAGGCCUUCUGGACCCGAUGCGGGCCCGGUUUCAAUGGCCACUCUUCAUGGCUGGCAUAGAAACAAAAGACACCAUUCACAAAGAGUGGGUGCAGUCGAAAAUGAAGACGGCCAAGAUGUCCAUGGCCUUUCAGACGGUCAUUUGCCUAGAGGAGGAGUCUCAGAGGAGGACCCCCAUCGCACUCCUUCGGCGAAUAUUGGGAGGCCAAAACUAUACUAGCACCCUGUAA